AUGGAUGUUUCCGAAGAUCUAGCAAGGGAUUACCCUCCAAGACUUUACCCUGAAGGGGCUUCUAUUUUUGAAAACAAAAGCAUUAAUACGAAUAGCCAUUUUUCUGAGAUCCCUCGACUUAGACAAGCAAUUGGAAUAGAUGUGUGGGAUAAUCUGAAGACGUAUCCUGUUGGAUUGAUUGCUAAAUUGGCUGAGAGCAAAUUGGUGUGGUCUGGUAAGACCGUACAUUAUCUACUUUGUAGACAGCUGCGAGUCUAUAAGAAGGAGAUUUGGUCUCUCGUUGUUGAUCAACCUCUCAGGUUUAGCUUAAUAGAAUUUGGUGAGAUCACGGGUUUAAACACAAAUCCACUGCCAGAAGAAAGUUUUGAACCUGAUCCAGAGAAUUACAAAGCGUUGUGGGAAUUGUUGAAAGUGCCGCUUGGGUGGGGACCCAAGUUUGAUGAGCUUAUAGAAGCUUUAACGGAGUGUCCAUUCUGGAGUGCUGAUCAGCGGAAAUGGUAUGGGCUGUUGUUUCUUCAAGCCAUUGGACUUUAUGGCUUGCAUCAUAAUUGUAGAAUACCCUUUGAAAGUGCAAAAAGAGUAUUCGAUGAUGACGCCCUGAUGACUUAUCCUUGGGGUCGGACUGCCUAUGAAUUUCUUGUUGAUUCUAUCAAGUUGUUGCAUCCACAAGGAGGGUCGUACACCCUUAGCGGCUUCAAGGACGUGUUAUUGGUUUGGGCGUAUGAAUCUGUCACAGUGUUCGGAGAGCUUUAUGGCAGAAAAGUGAAUCCAGACGAAAUUCCUCUUUUGCGAUGGGGUGAAAGUCGUACUCGUGAAAGUCUUGCUACUACAAUAGCUAAGGAGAUGAAUGAUCAUGGAACGGUGUGUGUGAGGAAAAUGGUGAUGAAGGAGGGUCUAGAAGAGCUGUUUCCUCAGUGGAAGGAUGAAGCAGAUGACCCACAACUUGAUAACCUAAUUAAAGAUAUACAUGCAGAUAGGUUUGUUAGAGAUUUUUAUGUGCAAUCGAAUGAGAAGAACAAAAAAACGAAGGCUGGAGUUUCGUCAGAGGCUGAGCCACCCUCAAAGAAGCAGAAGAAAGGUAAGAAACAGAAGGAGGUGAAAAUCAAUGAGGGUGAAACUGCUGUUGUAGAGGAGAAGGAGAGUGCAAAAGAGAAGGGUCGUAGCGAAGCGGUUCUGCUGAACAUAGUUGCUCAUCUCGAGAAGUUGGACCGAAAAUUUGACUCGAGAUUAACAGAAUACGACACCAAGUUUGGAGAUUUUUCCCAAGGCCUUUUGGAUACCAUUGGAGAUACAGUGAAAACUACAGUUGAAGAGCGUUUGAGAGUUUUGGGGGUGUCCAAUAGUAGUCAACCUGAAGGUCAACACGUGAUGGUCUCAGAAGACAACCAACAGCCGGAGUCCAAUAGUGGUCAACCUGAUGGUCAAAACGUGAUGGUCUCAGAAGACAACCGACAGCCGGACUCCAAUAGUGGUCAACCUGCAUCUAAGACCCCUAUUGAUAAACAGUCCGAAGACAGCCAACCGCAAAAGACCCCUGAUAAAGGCCAAUCUUAG